AUGUGGGGCGUAACGCCGACGGAUCAGUGCGACUGGGAUUCACUUCGAGCGAAAAUCGCGAAAUUCGGUGUUCGUAACAGUCUCCUGCUGGCACCAAUGCCUACCGCAUCAACCGCCCAAAUAUUGGGCAAUAACGAAGGCUUCGAACCGUAUACGACUAAUAUCUAUACGCGAAACGUGCUCUCCGGAAACUUCCAAGUAAGCAAAUGA